AAUCUGCAUUUUUUAUCACCUUGUAUAAAGCUUCUACAGAUUUUAUUUGUUGUAGUUAGGUCAACAAAACCCCAACAAAAAUGGGCCAGCGAAGCGAACCAUCGGAAUAUCCCGGAAACGAAGGAGAGAAAAGAAGAAACACAGGUGACGAAAAGGAACAAAACUCAAUCGGACCGGACCACACAAUCUACCGAUACUUGUGCCCUUUGAGAAAAAUCGGAAGCAUUAUCGGUAUCGGCGGCGAUAUUGCUAAGCAGCUGCGGGCCCAGACUAACGCAAGGAUUAGGAUUAGCGAAACUAUCCCAGGGUGUGACGAACGUGUCAUCACAAUUUACAGUGGGAGUGAGGAAACCAACAGUUAUGAAGAGGAAUUUGUCUCCCCUGCACAGGAUGCACUCUUUAGUGUGCAUGAUAGAGUGGUGGCUGAUGAAUCGAGCGUGAAUGGUGGUUCGUUUGAGGAACAGCCUCUGCAAGUCACUGUGCGGUUGCUUGUGCCUUCAGAUCAGAUUGGAUGUGUUAUUGGUAAAGGUGGGCAGAUUAUUCAGAAUAUACGUAGUGAUACUCAUGCUCAGAUCAGAAUAUUGGGCAGUGAGCAUUUGCCGCCUUGUGCUCUCAGUUCCGAUGAGCUUAUCCAGAUAAAUGGGGAAGCUACUACAGUGAAGGAAGCACUUCACCAGGUGGCAUUUCGUCUCCACGAAAACCCCUCACGGUCACAGCAGUCAAUAUUGAGUUCGCCGAGCAUUUAUCGAUCCGGAAUUGCAUUUAGUAAUCCACACGCUGGAGGUGGUGGGGGCCCACCCGUGGGUGUGGCCUCAUUAAUGGGCCAAUAUGGGAGCCACAAAAGCAGAGACUGGUCUUCUAUUACGGUUGAGUUUGCAGUUCGGUUAGUUUGUCGAACCGAAAAUAUCGGAGCAGUGAUUGGCAAAGGUGGGGCUGUUAUCAAACAAAUAAGACAGGAAUCGGGUGCGUUUGUUAAAGUUGAUAGUGCUGGUGCUGAUGGAGAUGACUGUAUUAUAUCCGUUUCCUCCAAGGAGAUGUUUGAAGCUCCUUCUCGUACUAUUGAUGCGGUGAUGAGAUUGCAACCACGGUGCAGCGAUAGAAUGGAGAGGGAUUCGGGUGAUACUGUGAUCACAACUCGAAUGCUUGUACCGAGCUCGAGAAUUGGAUGUAUCAUUGGGAAAGGUGGGGCAAUCAUUAAGGAGAUGAGGAAUACUUCGAGGGCAAAUAUACGUAUCUUCUCGGAUGAGAAUAUUCCCAAAGUUGCAUCUGAAGAUGAAGAGAUGGUCCAGGUAAUGGGAGACCCUAAUGCUGCUAAGAAUGCGUUAUUACAAGUAAUGCAGCGGUUGAGGGGCAAUGUAUUUGAGAGCGAUGGAAAUUCAUUGGCUUUUCCUUCACCAGCUACAGCAGAGGGAUUUGAUGGGCAAAAAUAUGGAAAACGUGAUAAUAGAACCCGUAACCCGAGAUAUUCCACCUACUCUGGUGGUUAUACUUCUAAUACUGCGCCUCCAACUGAUAGUUAUGGGAGUUAUGAUGAUUCACAGGUUGUUGGUGGAAGUGGUUACGGAACAUAUGCUGUUUAUUCACCUGGUUACUCUGGUACUAGCUUUGGUGCUUGAUGAUGACUAAAGCGAACCGUUUUUUUUUUCUCACCCCAUUUGGUGAUGCAUGGAGCAAUUAGAUUAGAAGAAAAGAGAACCAAAUGGAAUGGGACGUGAUAAGUAAAUCUCUGUUUUGCCCUCCUUCAUUGUCGUGUUUUAAUGAAACUCGUUGGCUGGAUAUCGUAUUGCACCGUGGAUAAUUUUUCGAAUGUUAUGCUUUCGUUAAGUUUUAUAACAUCAGAAGUUGGUUUUAUUUUCUGUUUUUAACUUGGUACUGUAUAGGAUUUUGCUGCAGAUAAAUUAUUUAAUCUCGUUGCCCGUGGCUGGCAUGUUUACA